GUCUUCCUUGAAUGUGGUUGAACACAUCCGUACGAUACUUGAAUCUCACUCUUCCUCCGAUUUAGUCUCUGAAUCGUUUCUCACUUGUUUUUGAGAUUUUCCGAUCCCGAGGAAGAACAGUCUCCGAAUUUUCUUAAAAGUAUUUUGAUAAUUAGGGGUUGAUUUUUUCAAGUGUGGUGUGAUUAUGAUGAAAGCUUCGAUUGGGAGGUUAAGGAAACUAACAUCGCAUAAGGUCGAUGCCAAGGAGAAAGUAGAGCUCGUUGAUACGGCAUUGGUUGACGAACUCGCUCGUGCCGGGAAGGAUAUGCAAGACAUGAGAGAAUGCUAUGAUAGACUACUCGCUGCCGCUGCUGCUACUGCAAAUAGUGCUUAUGAGUUCUCUGAGUCAUUGGGAGAGAUGGGAUCUUGUUUGGAGCAAAUUGCGCCUCAUAACGACCAAGAAAGCAGUAGAAUCUUGUUUAUGUUGGGUAAAGUUCAGUUUGAUCUUCAAAAACUUCUUGACACAUAUCGUAGUCAUAUAUUCAAGACGAUUACCUCCCCAUCAGAAUCACUUCUCAAGGACCUACGAACUGUUGAGGAUAUGAAGCAACAAUGCGACGAGAAGAGAAAUGUGUUUGAGAUGGCGCUUGUGAAGGAUAAAGGAAAGCCUAAAAGCAGUAAAGGAGAAAGACAUAUUUCUCCAGAGUCUCGACCUGCUUACAAUGAAUUUCAUGAAGACGCAACAAUGUGCAUUUUUCGCUUGAAAUCUCUUAAGAAAGGACAAGCUCGUAGUCUCCUCACGCAAGCAGUCCGUCACCACACUGCUCAGAUGCGUCUGUUUUACACUGGAAUGAAAUCGCUCGAUGCUGUAGAGCGUCACGUAAGAGUUUCUGCAGAGAAGCAACACAUCGACUGUGAUCUCUCUGUGCAUGAGAACGAAGUCGAAGGUAGUGAGAAUGAUGAUGAUGAUGAUGAUGGCCAAUACAGUAACAGUGAAGGAGAAGUCAGUCUAGCGUACAGAGAAAAUGAACAGAGGGUAGACGCUGCUUCUAUCUCCCCAACAUGGGGUUCAAUGAAGAUGGAGGAUUCAGACCUCUCGUUUCCUCGUCCUUCUGUAACAAGAAAAUCAGCAGUAAAUGCUGAUCACAGAGUGACCAGCCAUUCAGCUCCGUUGUUCCCGGAAAAGAAAACACAGACGAAUCCAUCUUCCAAUACUUAUGUUUUACCAACACCAAGCGAAUCAAGGUACUCAAAACCGGCUUCCCAAGCUUUAAACCCGAGGCCAGCAAACCACAUAUGGCAUUCAUCUCCGUUAGAACCGAUAAAAAGCGGGAAAGAUGCUGAAAACAACAGCCUCUACGUCCGCCUCCGUCGCCCUUCUACAACCGACAAGCAUAAUCAUCAUCAACAACAACAGCAAGCAGCAGUAAGACAUGCAUUUUCCGGACCGAUCAAACCCUCAUCGUCAAAACCAGUCACCCCCACAGACACGUUACAUCCUCCGAGAGCCUCCCCUACAGCUUCACCUCCUCCUGCUUCUUCCCCGAGGCUGAGCGAGCUUCACGAGCUUCCAAGACCACCAGGCCACUUUGCACCACCACCGCCAAGACGAGCCAAAUCCCCUGUUCUGGUUGGUCACUCGGCGCCUCUAACCGGAUGGAACCAAGAAAGAAACAAAACGUUUACUCUUGCUCCUCCUUCCGCUACCAACAUUGUGGCAUCGCGCCUUCCAAUUCCUCCGUUGGUCGUUCCUCGAAGCUACUCUAUACCUUCAAAUAACCAUAGAGCUGUCGCUCAACGAGCCGUCGGAAGGAACGAAGAUAGAGUUGCAUCCCCACCGUUAACACCAAUGAGCCUCUCUCGGCCGCUUGAGUCCACGGGAGUUGCUCAGACCACUCAAAUCAGAGGAGUAGGAGAGCUGAUAGAACGAUGA